CAUAGGGCGGAGGAGGACAGCACGCGCUCCGCUCGCCCGCCGCCCCACGCCCCCCGCACGCCGCGGCCCUUCGCUCGGCUGCCGGUUGCUGCCGCGCCCCUCCGCUCGUCCGCUCCACUCCGCGUCGCAGCACCGGGGUGGGAGCCGGCGCGGCGAGUCCGGCCGGCCUCGGGGAAGCGCUGCCGCGCUCUUCCCGACUCCGGCGACUGCAACGGCUGCUCCACCUCCGCCUAACGUUUCCCAUCGUCAGCCUCCUCCCUCUUAUACUCCUGCAGUUUUAGCUCUCCGCCACUAUUCAUUCCUUUCCUUUCCUAGGGCUUAGCUGAAAUUUCUCCGUAGCGAAGAGGAAUUGGGUGGUGGGGGAUUAAACCCGAUCCAUCUGCAGUGAGGAUUUUCCCCCAUGUGUCAAACAAGCAUGCUGUGGACUUACAUAUAGGAUGAUAGAACUUAGACGAGGUGCAGGCUGCCACCUUGAUCGCGUCGCCGUCGUACCCAAAUGCAAUCGCUUGGUCGACUGAGAACCUGGUGGCUGUUGCCUCUGGUCACCUUAUCACUAUCCUGAACCCAUCUGCACUGGAGGGGCCUCGGGAACUGGUUGUUCUUCGUCCUAGCGACCCAUUUCCCAUAGGAGUGGUUAACAGAGAAGUCAACUUCUCUUGUGACAAACUGAAAAGUAACACUGGACAUCGAUAGAAGGUGCGCACCAGGAAUCAGUUUUUAUUGCUUAUUUUGCAGAUCUCUUUGAACCAUGUAUAAUGCCCACUUCCUUAGCACGUGAAACUGAAUUAUGCGCUCGAUCUAUUUCAUGGUCUCAACAAGGGUUUUCUCCUAACUCCGGUUGUCUGUUGGCUGUUUGUACUGUUGAUGGUCAUGUAAAGCUUUAUCGGUCACCAUUUUGUGAAUUCUGUGAUGAAUGGGUUGAGGUUGCAGAUAUAUCUCGAUUGCUGUUUAAGUUUUACAAAGGUAUAGAAUUUGGGGAAAAUGAUGGUCCUAGUUCACUUCCUCAGGAAAAAGAAAAUACUGAACAAAACCAGCAAGUCAUGUGUAUUGGUAAACUGCAAGAGCCUCUUCUGAGCAUGGGUACAGAACGGAGAAAAAGGAAACCAGCAAGAUUUGAAGGUUUUGUUUAUCAUGAGGAUAAUGGUGGCGUAGAUGCUCCAAUGGAUGCGGACUUUUUAUUGGAUCCAAUCUCUAAUUUAAAGAAAAAAACAUUGAAGAAGCGCAGUGUAGAUGCUCCAAAGGAUGUGGACUUUAUAUCGGAUCCAUCUAAUUUAAAGAAAAAAACAUCGGAGAAGGACGAUGUAGAUGAUCCAAAGGAUGCAGACUUUUCAUUGGAUCCAAUCUCUAAUUUAAAGAAAAAUACACUGAAGAAGGUCACGAGACCUGGACUUGACGAUGCUGUCAGAAAUGGUCAGGGCAACACUCAAAAUAUUCAGACACCAUCAUACUGCAAUGGAGAAGACAAAUCUCUCCCACUUAUUACGGCAAAACAGUAUUCAUGUCGUGAAGCACUUUUGUCUUCUCUCGUAGUUGCAUGGUCUCCAGUUCUACCAUCACCUGACAGAAGUUCUUAUUUCACGGGACAUUGGUGCAUUCUUGCUGUUGGUUGCAAGUCUGGGAGUGUUUCCUUUUGGAAAAUACACAAACCUGAAUACUACACAAUAGACAUCGGCAUGGUUACUAGAGAUCCAAUGCUGAUCGGGGUUGUUCAAGCUCAUUUAUCAUGGGUCACUGCCAUAAGUUGGGAACUUUUUUCCUCAGGCUCUUCAAAACCUUUGUUGCUUUUGGCAACUGGAUGCUCAGAUGGAAGCUCAAAGAUAUGGCUGGGUGAUAUUGAAGGGUUAAAUCAAUGUACAUGCGCAAAAGAAGUGCCCUUGACAUUAGUGGCUGAGGUCACUACUGAUUCAUUAGCACCAGUCUCGUCAAUCUCAUUAUCUGCACCAGCUCAGCAUCAAGACUCAGUUAAUCUGGCAAUUGGAAGAGCAUCUGGGUCACUAGAAGCAUGGUCGUGGAACAUAUCUGGUAACAAAAUUCAGAAGAUUCAUGCAUGUGACGCUCAUGAUCAAGUGGUGACAGGUCUGUCAUGGGGUUUUCAUGGGCAUUGUUUAUACAGCUGCAGUCAGGAUAAUUCUGCACAUUGUUGGAUGUUCAACGAAAAACAUCUAGAAGAAAUUCCUCUGCACACAGAUGGUCCGGAGCUGAAAGAGUCCGUAGAUCUCACAGAAGUAUCCGAUCGAUGUUAUGGCCUUGCACUAGCACCUGGAGAACUAAUGAUUGCUGUGGUGCGCAGCUUGGACUCAAACUUGUUAAAUCAGAUGUAUCAGGCCAGGACACAAAAGGCAGUGGUUGAGUUCAUUUGGAUUGGUGGUCAGUUCCUUGGUAUUCCAUUGGACAAUAGCGUUAUCCUCAGUCUUCAGUCUGCCGCCUUAUCUGAGACUAAUUUCUUGUGGUGGGGAUCCAACAUUUUUUGGUCACUGAAGAAAUAUGAGAAUUGUGAAACAGUGCUUGUCUUAUGGGAUCUCAUUGCUGCACUACAAGGGUUUAAGAAAUCUGCACCUACCUUUCUUGAGACAUUGAUGCAUAAAUGGGUGUCAGGUUUGUUUUCAGAUGAUCCACAUUGUGCUUCUAUCGACAUCCCAUCACAUUCAAUUCACAACAUGUCCAAAGUCAGCUCGCGGAAGUUGCACUUGCUGAAUAUCGUAUGUAGGAAAGUAAUGCUUAGUGAUCAACCGCAGUAUUCUCCUGGUGCAGAAAAAGGUAAUGAUGUAAUGGCUGAUUUGUGGAACAAUCUUCUGGUAAGAAGUGAAAGGGAGCUGCAAGAGAGGCUUGUGGCUUUCACUUUUGCUGCUGUCCUCAACCGAACAGCAUAUUUGCUCAAGGGUGCCCCUGCUGAAAACAGCUGGUUUCCUGUUGGAGUUGCCCAGAUGGACUCUUGGGCAUCCAUGAACGAUGGAGAAGUGAGGGAUGAGCUCAAAUUUCUUAGAACGAGGAUCAAUGAUCUAGGAGACAGGAUCAACUCAGUGUGCGAGUACUCAGUUGAAGAAUACUGCACCUACUGCAAUGCACCAGUCCCCUUCGAGUCCGCAGAUGUUGCCAUGUGCAGUGGUAGCAAUCCUGCUACUCCCCCAGCUGAAGCUCACAAAUUGUCAAGAUGCACAGCGUCGAUGCGGCUGUGCCCUGUUCUUCAACCAACAUGGCACUGCGCGUGUUGCGGGAGGACGGUCGACAAGCUGCUGCCGGAAAUAUUCUUCACCAUGCCCACAUCAUUUUGGGAUGUCACUCAUGGUAACGAAUCGCUUGAUUUAUCAGCGCCGGCCGUCCCAUUUUGCCCCUUCUGCGGCAUACUGCUGCAGAGGAUAAAGCCGGAGUUCCUUCUCUCUGUCUCACCGGUAUAGAAGCUAGUGACACUAGGCAGCUUCCAGCUGUAAGUUGUAAUACUGAAUACGUCACUAAUGCACUUUGAAUUUGUUGUUGGUGGGGGGCUGCUUCUAAAAACAUGUGCUUAAAAUAAGCAUGGCUGGUUUGCGCUAGGUGUGGUGGUGCCAUCAUAAUGUAACAACCCGUGUAACAUGUGACAUCUGUAACUCUUGGCAAUAAAGCGGGCAAUAUAUACUACUUGAUGUGAGAAUA